AAAUAUUCAUUGGGCUUGUAGUUCUCUAAUAUGCAUUGUAUGUACAAUACUAACAAUAGUACAAGAAAUUUGCUGAGAUUUAAAUUAGAUGUGAGGGCACCUAAUGCAUUGGGUUUGUCAGACGCAGCUUGCAUUCGGUGGCAAAAAUUCAAAGUGAACAGUAUAAAUAAAUAUAUAUGCAAGCAUUUGAUUUCGCAUAUUGUUGAAACAAUUGCAUAACUUUGUAAUAAAUACCGUUUUUUUAACGAUUAUGGAUGGAAAAAAGAAGAAAGCUCGUCAACGCAAUAGACCAAAAAAUAAGGGAAAUCGUUCAAAUAACGAACUGCGCCAAAACGAAUUAAAAAAUGUACUACCUGAAACUACCAAAAGUGGGGAGUUAAAUGUUUGUGUUGAAGAAAAUUUAAAAAAUGUGGAAGAACAGCGAAUAAUUAUUAAAGAAGCCAUUGUUGAAGACCACAAUGGUCCAGGAUUGACCUCAGCUGAGAGCCAAGUAGCGCCUCCCCAGGCAAUGUCUGAUCAAAACAAUAGCUUGCAGUUAUUGCAACAAAUGAUGCGUACACAACUUUUACAAGAGCGGCAAAACAGUGAGGAUAAACCUAGUUCUAGCCAAUCUGAGGAGGUUUGCAAGCGGAAAUCUCCAGAGGGUUCGAAUUUAGAUAAUAGCAAAGAAUGUGGAAACACAACGGAUGUAAAAUCGGUGACAGCAAAGAAAAGUUCUCCGAACAAUAGUUUACCAGAACAGGGUGCUUUCAUUACAAAUCUACAAAAGAAAUUGGAGGCUUCUGUGGCUAACGGUAGCACUGAUUUGCCCAAUACUUUGCUAGAAAACUUGCAAAAACUUCUUAAUGAAGGUCCAUUAAGUGAUGUCGAGUCAUCUGACGAUGAAGAUUAUGUUGAGUACGUUUUCAAACCACGUCAACAUUUUUUGGUAGCCCUUUGCAACUUUUGCAAAAAUGACUUGACAGGAAAAACGAAACUCCCCUGUUGUCGGUGCAAUUUGGUAUAUUACUGUAUGGUCGAUCACAUGAAAUGCGACGUGGAACAUCGACAAGCUUGUUGUGCCUUGAAGCAAGUGGCAGAUAACUCUGACGGACAUAUUUUCCGUAAAUGCGGCGAAUUCACAGCUGAACAAUUCCGUUCCUAUCGCAUUGUUACAAUACGCACAAUAGAAUCAAUUAUGAAUCGUCCAUUAUCUGCCACCGAACAAGAAGUAAUACUAUUUCCACGAAUUUGUUGCAAUACAUCUUGCAGGGAGUAUGAUUUUAAGAAACUUGUGGACUGCGAACACUGCGGCCAGGCAGCGUAUUGUAGCGACAAACCGGAACAUUUAACCAAAACCCAUAACCAGUGGUGCCAAUCCUACCAGCUAUUCAAAGAGUUUGAACUAAUACAGGCGCGAUUUGGACAAAUCGAACCAACAAUGCCUACGAAAAUACUUCGUGACAUACCCAGCGCAUGCUGCAACACAAAACAGAUUUUAAGCAAAUUGGAUUGCGCAGCUGUGCGUGAUCCUUGCGAGUUUGCCGCCCUCAGUCAGAUUUCAACGUGUCCCCUUACCGCUUGGUAUGCUUUAAAAUUAUGCGGCCAUUUAAAGAAAGCGGAAGAAAUGACGGUACAUCUGAUAGGUGCUGAAAUUGAAUUCGAAGUUGACGCCAUACAUAAGUGGGAAAUUUUUUUCCUACAUAUAAAUCCAACCACCAAAAAGCUCAACGUAGUUUUCGUAGGGCCUGAGCUAAAUCAGGGCAACGUUCCGUUUGCGCAACUGAUGAAAACAAAGUAA